AUGAUUUAUAACUUGCAUUGCAACUCUUGUUUCUUACUGGACGUGCUUGGCAAGAUGGAGCCGCCGACCUCCUCCAGACUGAAUUCCCGAAAGAGAAGAAAAGAUGGAUCUGGCCCCAAUGGGGCCGCAGAGCUGGAUGGAAUCCCUCCAAAAAUGUCCCGACGCUCAUUUGGACUGAGGGAACCGGCUCCAUUUUCAGAUGAAGUGGAAAUCGAUUACAGCAAGCCAUACAUCAGAGUAACAUAUGAAGAAGCGAUGAGAGGGACCCCUUUGGAUCGCCCCGUCAGAGUUUAUGCUGAUGGAAUAUUUGACUUGUUUCACUCUGGACAUGCCCGGGCCUUGAUGCAAGCGAAGAACCUCUUCCCAAACACAUACCUCAUUGUUGGAGUCUGCAGUGAUGAGCUAACACAUAACUUCAAGGGCUUCACGGUGAUGAAUGAAAAUGAGCGGUAUGACGCUGUGCAGCACUGUCGCUAUGUGGACGAAGUGGUGAGAAAUGCGCCAUGGACGCUCACCCCCGAGUUCCUGGCAGAGCACAGGAUCGACUUUGUUGCACACGAUGACAUCCCCUAUUCUUCUGCUGGCAGUGAUGAUGUUUAUAAGCAUAUAAAAGAAGCAGGCAUGUUUGCGCCGACUCAGAGGACUGAGGGGAUCUCAACAUCAGAUAUCAUCACCCGGAUCGUGCGGGACUAUGAUGUUUAUGCCAGACGGAACCUGCAGCGGGGCUACACAGCUAAAGAGCUCAACGUCAGCUUCAUAAACGAGAAGAAGUAUCACCUCCAGGAGCGCGUGGAUAAGGUGAAAAAGAGGGUGAAGGAUGUAGAGGAGAAGUCAAAGGAAUUUGUCCAGAAAGUGGAGGAGAAGAGCAUCGAUCUUAUUCAGAAGUGGGAAGAGAAGUCCCGGGAGUUCAUCGGCAACUUCCUGGAGAUGUUUGGCCCAGAAGGAGCAUUGAAACACAUGCUGAAGGAGGGCAAGGGCCGGAUGCUGCAGGCCAUCAGCCCAAAGCAGAGUCCCAGCAGUAGCCCCACGCACGACCGCUCCCCGUCUCCCUCCUUCCGCUGGCCGUUUUCAACCAAGACUCCUCCUUCCUCACCGGCCAAUCGCUCCAGGAACGAGUCUGCAGUCACCUAUGACAUCAGUGAGGAUGAAGAGGAUUAAGCUACCAGACGGGAUUUGCUGCGAACCGCUAAUCGCCGAAUCCUAAGUCCGGACCCACUGGGGAACUCUA